GCGCAAACACUACUGCUCGGUAGCUGAUGCAAGAAACCCGAAACUGACCAGUGGUUUGGGUGAUUAAAACAUAUACUGCAACGGAUUUUCAUCGUUAUCUGACACAACAUAGUCUGGAAACAUGUCGGGAGACGACGAGAUGAUAUUUGAUCCCAACAUGUCCAAGAAGAAGAAAAAGAAGAAGAAGCCUUUCAUGCUAGAUGAAGAAGGAGGGGACGGUGCCAGUGAGGACGCUCCACAGCCAGAAGCAAAGGAGGUGGAGGUGGAUGGAGGAGAGGACAGAGAGGUGGACUUUGACGAGGAUGACGGAAGGAGGAAAGAAAUCUCUGAUGACCUGGAUGACUUAAACUUCUUCAACCAGAAGAAGAAGAAAAAGAAAAAGCCAAAGACAUUUGACAAUGAUGUAGAGGAGGGAAUAAAGGAGCUGAAAAUUGAGACCGAGCCCUCUGAAACCAACGGAGAGGGCGACUUGAUGUUAGAACUAGGAAAAAAGAAAAGGAAGCCCAAGGCUGUGAAUUUCGACAUGGAUGACGACAUGGAAAUCAAAGAUGACGCCCAGGAAGACGACGAUGGAAAGAACACUGACGACAUCACGUUCAGCAGCACACAGUUGGGCCCUGCGUGGGCGGGCUCAGAGAGAGACUACACAUAUGACGAGCUGCUGAACCGUGUCUUUCAAAUCAUGCGGGAGAAGAAUCCUGACAUGGUAGCUGGGGAGAAGCGGAAGUUUGUCAUGAAGCCUCCCCAGGUGGUCCGAGUAGGCACCAAGAAGUCAUCCUUUGUCAACUUCACCGACAUCUGCAAACUGUUGCAUCGGCAGCCAAAACAUCUCCUGGCCUUCUUGUUGGCUGAGCUUGGAACAAGUGGCUCUAUAGACGGAACUAAUCAGCUCAUCAUCAAAGGAAGAUUCCAGCAGAAACAGAUAGAGAAUGUCUUACGAAGAUAUAUUAAGGAGUAUGUGACGUGCCAUACAUGUCGCUCCCCCGACACUAUCCUCCAGAAGGACACGCGACUCUACUUCCUACAGUGCGAGACCUGCCACUCCCGCUGUUCCGUCGCCAGCAUCAAGGCAGGUUUCCAGGCAGUCACAGGCAAGAGGGCUCAGCUCCGCGCCAAAGCCAAUUAAAACCACCACCGCUGCCCCCUCUCCCCCAUCUGUGCUCUGUUUCUCUCUCAGAAGCGAAGUGGACAGGAUGGGGCAGGCUGGACGCUUUUAUGGACCGUCUGUGGAUUUGUUACCUAUUGUAAAGAAAUUAAUAAAUCGUAUACCAUCUGGGUGAUCAGACGCAGUCUAUAUUUCCUAAUUCCAUUAUCCAUCACUAUGGUGGACCAGGGUAAUUUAAUUUAAUAUAAUUUAAUAUAUAAGCAUUGUUUAUUCGAUACUACUAGAUAAAUCCAUUAUUUUGUUCAGACCAUCCCUCUUUGUGCACCAGGUUCUUAGCUUCCAAAAGUAUGAAUUCAGUAUUAUGAAUGCCAAAUUAAGAGUCCAUAUUAGGGUAUGUUCAAACAGACAAACUGAUGUUUGGAUAAUUUGCUUUGGGGGAGGGGUUACUGUUGUUGCACUGUCAGAAAAGUUGCUAAUACAGUUGAAGUGGGAAGUUUACAUACACCUUAGCCAAAUACAUUUAAACUCAGUUUUUCACAUCUCCUGACAUUUAAUCCUAGUGAAAAUUCCCUGUCUUGGGUGAGCUAGGAUCAACUUUAUUUUAAGAAUGUGAAAUGUCAGAAUAGUAGAGCAUUUCUUUCAGCUUUUAUUUCUUUCAUCACAUUCCCAGUGGGUCAGAAGUUUACAUACACUCAAUUAGUAUUUGGUAGCAUUGCCUUGGGUCAAACGUUUUGGCUAGUCUUCCACAAGCUUCCCACAAUAAGUUGGGUGAAUUUUGGCCCAUUCCUCCUGACGGAGCUGGUGUAACUGAGUCAGGUUUGUGGGCCUCCUUGCUCCCACACGCUUUUUCAGUUCUGCCCGCAAAUUUUCUAUAGGAUUGAGGUCAGGGCUUUGUGAUGGCCACGCCAAUACCAUGACUUUGUUGUCCUUAAGCCAUUUUGCCACAACUUUGGAAGUAUGCUUGGGGUCAUUGUCCAUUUGGAAGACCCAUUUGCGACCAAGCUUUAACUUCCUGACUGAUGUCUUGAUGUUGCGUCAAUAUAUUAACAUAAUUUUCCUUCCUCACGAUGCCAUUUAUUUUUUGAAGUGCACCAGUCCUUCCUGGGGCAGAGCAGCCCCACAACAUGAUGCUCCCCCCCCCGAGCUUCACGGUUGGGAUGGUGUUCUUUGGGAUGCAAGCCUCCCCCUUUUCCUCCAAACAUAACAAUGGUCAUUAUGGCCAAACGGCUCUAUUUUUGUUUCAUCAGACCAGAGGACAUUUCUCCAAAAAGUACGAUCUUUGUCCGCAUGUGCAGUUGCAAACCGUAGACUAGCUUUUUUAUGGCGGUUUUGGAGCAGUGGCUUCUUCCUUGCUGAGCGGACUUUCAGGUUAUGUCGAUAUAUAGGACUCAUUUUUACUGUGGAUAUAGAUACUUUUGUACCUGUUUCCUCCAGCAUCUUCACAAGGCCCUCUGCUGCUGUUCUGGGAUUGAUUUGCACUUUUCUCACCAAAGUAUGUUCCAUCUCUAGGAGACAAUGUGUCUCCUUCCUGAGCGGUAUGACAGCUGCGUGGUCCCAUGGUGUUUAUACUUGCAUACUAUUGUUUGUACAGAUGAACGUGGUACCUUCAGGCGUUUGGAAAUUGCUCCCAAGGAUGAACCAGACUUGUGGAGCUCUACAAUUGUUUUCCUGAGGUCUUGGGAAAAUCAAAAGAAUUCAGCCAUGAUGUCAAGCAGAGACAUUGAGUUUGAAGUCAAUUAGCCUAUCAGAAGCUUCUAAAGCCAGACAUCAUUUUCUGGAAUUUUCCGAGCUGUUUAAAGGCACAGUCAACUUAGUUUAUAUAAACUUCUGACCCACUGGAAUUUUUAUACAGUGAAAUAAUCUUUCUGUAAACAAUUGUUGGAAAAAAGACUUGUCAUUCACAAAGUCGAUAUCCUAACUGACUAUAGUUUGAAAAAUGAGUUUUAAGGACUCCAACCUAAGUGUAGUUAAACUUCCAACUUCAACUGUAUGUAUCUAUCAAACAAUUGGGGAUUUAAAAAAACAUCUCACCACCACACAGCUGCGUUGGACAUAUGUUUAUGGUUUAAAUGCACCAUUAAACGUUGUGCAGCAAACCUUUUUUAGGGCUCCUUUUCAGAGGUAUCCAUAUCCUGGGCAGGCCUUGAAGUCGGAGAGGAAAAAAAUAAGUAUUUUUGCUGAAGAUGAUAAGAUGUGAUUUCUGGCCCCAGCAUGGUUUUCUCAGCGGGAUGCAUUUGUUAUAAAUAUGACAACACUAAAUAUUUUUCUCUUAUGUUGACUUUAGAUAAGUUGGAAAAGCGUGGAUGAGAGACGUAUGUUGUACAACAUACGUAAUUCCAUCACUCUGACGUAUUUUUGUGAAGUCAGGUGGCAGUCGGAUUUCAGUUAAAUAUUAAAAGUCUAAAAAAACCUUCCAUAUGUCAUUCUAAAGAUGUCUCUAUUACAUUUUCAGUACUGCCAUUUUCAACUAAAAGGCCAUAUUAGCAUGAGCUGUGCCAUUGAGGGUUUCCAACUUUUUUAAUGUUGUCAACUGGGUGGGAAUUCCAACUUCAUUGCCUGAUCCCUCUUGGAGACCCUGUUGGAGUCAUGUCCAAACAGAUCACCAGGAGGGAUCAUAGAGGCUAUAUUGGCACAGAUACAAAGAUGAGUCCUCUUUUAUGGUUUAAAAAACCCAUUAACUUUCACAAAUAAAUGUAAUAAACUAGUAGCAGCCUCUUUAAUAAUUGAGGAAAUAUGGAGGCAAGGAACGCUAACAAGGUGUGUUAUUUAUUGUCUUUACGGUCCCUCUAAUCGACUCCAUAUCACACUAAAAGGGGGUGUGUUCACUGGCAGCUGUUGUGACAGGAUUCAUGAAUAGCUUUGUUUUUCUCAUGGUUUCAUGCACACUAAGGAUGUGCUUAAUCCAAUGAUUAAAGGCCCAGUGCUGCUCUCACACAGUCUCCGCAGCAGCAUGUGCUCCAAUGUGGCCGCUCCUGGUAUUAUGAAACCAAGAUCAAUGAUAUAAAGAAUGAUGGUAAAAAAAACUUUGCAGUACUUUAAAUUAUGGGUAGAAAGAUUAAAUCAGAUGGCUUAUUCAUCACGAAACCAUUUGAUGCUAUUAAUUAUUUUAAUGAUUAUUUCAUUGGCAAACUUAAGCGGGAAAUGCCAACAACAAACGGUGAGCAAUUAUGUUAAUGUAUAAAAAAAACGAAUAAUUAAAGAAAAGCAUUGCAAAUUUGAAUUUUGUAAAGUUAGUGGGAGAGGUGGAAAAAUGAUUGGCUGGUCAUUAUUGAUCGAUAACAAUGAAAUAAUCAUUAAAAUAAGCCAUUGACAACUUAGUUGGAAAGCUACUGAGGAUGGUAGCUGACACUAGCCACUCCUAUCUGUCAUUUUUAAUCUGAGCCUAGAGGAAAGCCUUUGUCCUCAGGCCUGGAGGGAAGCCAAAAUCAUUCCACUACCCAAGAGUGGUAAAGCGGCCUUCACUGGUUCUAACAGACCUAUAAGCUUGCUGACAGCUCUUAGCGAACUAUUGUAACAAAUUUGUUUUUGACCAAAUACAAUGCUAUUUUUCUGUGAACAAAUUAACAGAUGCUUAUAGAGAAGGGCCCUCAACAUGUACUACACUGACACAAAUGACUGAUGAUUGGUUGAAAAAAAAAGCUAAGAAAAUUGUGGGAGCUGUACUGUUAGUCUUCAGUGCAGCCUUUUAUAUUAUUGAUCAUAACUUGUUGAAAAGACUUGUAAUGGCUUUUCAACCUCUGCCAUAUUGUGGAUUCAGAGCUAUCUAUCUAAUAGAACUCAACGGGUUUACUUUAAUGGAAGCUUGUCUAAUGUCACAUGUAAAGUGUGGUGUUCCGCAGGGCAGCUCUCUAGGCCCUCUACUCUUUUCUAUUUUUACCAAUGACCUGCCACUGGUAGUAAACAAAACAUGCGUGUCCAUGUAUUCUUGUGAUUCAAUCAUAUACGCAUAAGCAACCACAGCUAAGGAAGUCACUGAAACCCUUAACAAAGAGUUGCAGUCUGUUUUAGAAUGGGUGGCCAGUAAUAAACUGGUCCUGAACAUCAAUAAAACUACGAGCAUUGUAUGUGGUACAAAUCAUUCCUUAAGUUCUAUACCUCAGCUGAAUCUGGUAAUGAAUGGUGUGGCUGUUGAACAAGUUGAGGAGACUAAAUUACUUGCCGUUACUUUGUAAACUGUCAUGGUCAAAAUAUACAUUCAAUGGUUGUAAAGAUGGGGAGAGGUCUGGCUGUAUUAAAGAGAUGCUCUGCUUUUUUGACACCACACUCCAAAAAGCAAGUUCUGCAGGUUCUAGUUUUGCCUAGUCUUCAUUAUUGUGCAGUCGUGUGGUCCAGUGCUGCAAGGAAAGACUUAGUUAAGCUGCAGCUGGCCCAGAACAGAGCGGCAAGUUUUCUCUUAAUUGAAAUCGGAGGGCUGAUAUAAGUACUAUGCAUGCCAGUCUCUCUUGGCUAAGAGUUGAGGAGAGACUGACCGCAUCAUUGCAUUUUAUAAGAAACAUUUAGUUGAAAAUCCCAAAUUGUUUGCAUAGUUAACUUACACACAGCUUUGACACACUUAUCCCACCAGACAUGCCACCAGGGGUCUUUUCACCAUCCCCAAAUACAGAACAAAUUCAAGAAAGCGUACAAUAUUAUAUUGAGCCCUAAUUGCAUAGAAUUUCCAUCUCAUAUUGCUCAAAUAAACAGUGAACCUGGUUUCAAAAAACAGAAAGCAACACCUCGCAGCACAAUGCCUCUCCCUUAUUUGACAUAGUUUGUGUAUACAUUGAUAUGUAAGUUACGUUUGCCUUUUAAUUAUAUAUAUUUGAAUUUC